AUGGCCGCGUCCAGAGACACCUCGAUGAGGUAUAGCUCCUCCCCCGAGCUGUCCGAUCCUCCCUCGGGACUCUCAGAAACCACCUCGCCGACGCAUUAUGGCACCUCCAGAGCAAGGCAUGCCGGCGAGGCGGCCGACGAGAUCGUAGUCGACCAUUCCCUCUACAGACUCGACCACUCCGGCCAGCCUGUCCUCACCAAGGACGGCGUUCCUCGAAGAAAACCCGGCCCCAAGCCUGGCACCAAGCUUGGCAAGCGCAACACCAACAGCACCAACCCAGACGGCUCGCCCGCCGAAGGGGCCAAGAUUCGCCGGCCUAGGAAACCCAAGGAUCCCAACGCGCCGCCCGUCCCGCGCAAGCGGAAGCUGGCUCCCACAGAUCCCGACGCCGCUGAGCCGCACAUCGAGGCUCGAUCCGCGAGCAUCGGCGCCGGGGCACCGCGGCAGACCAAGCUGACGGACAUGGCAACGACGACGGGCCGGCUCGAACCCAUGGCCCAGCCCUUGAAGCGCGAGAGCUCAGGUCCCCGCAUGUCCAACAUGUCCAACAUCCUGAACGCUGAUCCCGACCCGCAGCCGCUACCGGCCAGUGCUGCACCUUCCCGGUCCAGCGGCACCAACUACGACCCGAUCCGGUCCAACUACGACCCGGUUCGCGGGACCAUGGUCACCCACAGCUACUCCAACAACCCGCUGGGGUCGCCCCGCGCGCCCGCCAAUGUCGUCAACCGCGCCAGCGCCUCGCCCUCGAUUGCCAGUCUGGUCGACCCGCCGGUGCAGAACAUCAUCUCGCCCAUCCCGACACAUACUACCUUCGCCCAGAGCAGCGCGUCGAGGCCGCGCGAAGAAGCCAGCUCCAUGCCGGACUCUCCCAACCCCUUCCUCACCCCGAAGGAGUUCGCACCGCCUCCUGCACUCAAGCCAGCGGCGCCCGAGGCAAAGAAGCCCCAAGUGCCCACGGUCACCAAGGCCCAGAUCGAGAUCCGCCCGCAGUCCAUCACGACCAUCGGAGCCGCUUCGAAACGCACUCCUCCCAAGAACCAGAGUACUGCCUCUUCGUCCCCAAGAUUUGGUGCUCAGAAAGACCUCCCGGCCCUUCCGGGCGAAAACGGCCGCUCCAUCCUGGACUUCGGCAGGGCUGAGCCUGGUACUGAGCAGGAGGUACCGUCCAUCAUCUUGGAUAUCUCUCUCAACGGCGAGAGCAACAAGUACGUCAAUUUCAUGCGCCUGGCCGAAGAGCGCUACGGUUGGGAUACUCUGCAUCCGCGCCAAGCUGAGAACCGGGCUCGGAAGGCCCGCAUCGCCGCCGCCUCGGCGGCUCUUGCGCAAAACGACUCGGGUCGCGAGGGUGACGAGAUGAGUGUGGACGAGUCCGACAACGAGGACAGCAACGUCGAGAUGGGCGGCACCAGUGGCCCAGACAAGCCUGACGGCAAGAUCAAGAAGAAGAAGCGACACUUCAAGGAGGACGAGUACGACCGGGACGACGACUUUGUUGACGACUCGGAAAUGCUCUGGGAGGAGCAAGCCGCGGCUAGCCGGGAUGGCUUCUUCGUGUACUCUGGCCCCUUGGUGCCGGAGCCCGAGAAGCCGGAGCCUGGACGGGGCGAAGGUCGACCGGCUCGAGGCCGCGGCUCCCGCGGUGGGCGAGGAUCUGGGCGUGGCACCGGCACGACGCGUGGCCGCGGUGGCGGCCCUGGCUCGCGUGGCGGUGUAGUUCGCAAGCCUCGAAUGACCAAGGCCGACAAGGCGCAGAUGGAUCGCGAGAAGGCCGAGCGCGAGGCCGCUUUCCUCAAAUCGACAAAUGGCGGCGGCAAUUACAAUGUUCUACACCCUGCUAGCCCGCAGUUCGCAGGCCUGUAG